CCCGUCCCACGCCACCAUCCUUGCCCCGCCCCUCCUGCGGGGCAGCAAUUAACGGUUUCGUUGAUUAAAAACCCCAAAAUGGCGGAUCCGGGGGCGGGGCUGAGCGCUCCCCGUUAAAAAGAAAAAAAAAAAAAACACAAAAACCCCUAUAAACGCGCGGGGGGGCGUGGUCCGGCGUGGGCGGUGCCUACACGGGCGUGUCCCCGCCGAAGGGGCGUGGCUCCGGGGAAGGCGUGGCCUCGUAGCGGAAGCGGCGGCGGCGCGGGACGCGCGAGAAUGUCCUCGGGCCGCCCCGCAGCUCCGUCCCCGCCGCCGGGGGGGCUCCCCGGGCCCCGCCGCCGCCGCCGGGGCCCGGCCCCGGGGCCGCCCCCCCCGGGCUCCCCAUCCCCCCCCGCCGGCGGCCCGGGCAGCAAUGACGUGUUCGUGACGUCACGCUCGGAUUUCCGGGCGCAGCUGCGGCGCUGCCAGCGGCUCCUGGCGCCGGGCGGGGGUCCCGGCGGGGGUCCCGGGGAGCUGCGGCUGCACGGGCUGGGGCUGGCCGUGCCCCGCACCAUCAACCUGGCGCUGCAGCUGCAGGCGGGCGCGGGGGGGGCCCUGCGGCUGCACGCCAGCACCUCCUCCGUGCCCCUCCGGCCCCCCCGCGCCCGCCGCGGCGCCCCCCCGGCCCGCGGCGACACCGGCGACGGCGGCGGCGACGGCGAGGACGGGGACCCCCCCCCGGCACAACUCGGCCAUCCACAUCCGCCUCUGCAGGGAGGCCCCCUGCGCCUGAGGGGGGGUCCCGGGGGGCUCCGGUCCCGCUGCCCCGGCCUCCGCCGCCUCAAAACCCGCCCGGAGGCUGCCACGGCCGCGGGGGCCCCGCCGGAGGUCUGGGGGGCACCCCGGGGCCACCAGGAGCCGGCAAGGACCGAGAUGCCACCGCGAGUUGUUUGAGGCCGCCGCGAGCCGCCGCUGGCCUCGGGGACGGCGCGGGCGAGGCCACCGGCGGCUCGAGGCCACCGAGCCGCCACCGCCGCGGGCCGGGGCCACCCCCGCGAUGUCACCCCCAGCCCCUCGAUGUCAACCCGAACCCCCCCCCCGCGGCAGCGUCGGGCACUCUGGGGGGGACACGGGGACGUGACACCCGAAUAAAGUCGGUGGCGGCGGCA